AGCCGGGGGCGGGACCUCAGCGGAGGCCUGAGAGAGGCGUCGGGAUGCAGCGACCCGGGCCCUUCAGCACCCUCUACGGGCGGGUCUUGGCCCCGCUGCCCGGGAGGGCCGGGGGCGCGGUCUCAGGCGGAGGAGGGAACAGCUGGGACCUCCCAGGUUCCCACGUGCGGCUGCCGGGGCGUGCACAGUCCGGGACCCGCGGCGGUGCUGGCAACACAAGCACCAGCUGCGGGGACUCCAACAGCGUCUGCCCGGCCCCCUCAACGAUGUCCAAGGCCGAGGAGGCCAAGAAGCUCGCGGGUCGCGCGGCUGUGGAGAACCACGUGAGGAAUAACCAAGUUCUGGGAAUUGGAAGUGGUUCUACAAUUGUCCAUGCUGUGCAGCGAAUAGCUGAAAGGGUGAAGCAAGAGAAUCUGAACCUCGUCUGUAUUCCCACUUCCUUCCAGGCCCGUCAGCUCAUCCUGCAGUAUGGCUUGACCCUUAGUGACCUGGAUCGACACCCAGAGAUCGACCUUGCCAUCGAUGGUGCUGAUGAAGUAGAUGCUGAUCUCAAUCUCAUCAAGGGCGGCGGAGGCUGCCUAACCCAGGAGAAGAUUGUGGCUGGCUAUGCUAGUCGCUUCAUCGUGAUCGCUGAUUUCAGGAAAGAUUCAAAGAAUCUUGGUGAUCAGUGGCACAAGGGAAUCCCCAUUGAGGUCAUCCCAAUGGCCUACGUCCCGGUGAGCCGAGCUGUGAGCCAGAAGUUUGGGGGCGUGGUUGAACUUCGAAUGGCUGUCAACAAGGCUGUGAGUGGCCUGACUGGGCCCGGGGUGUGUUGGGUGCACUCAAGUUUUCAGUGUGGUAUCCUCCCUUCUCUUCCAGUUAGGUCCUCUGUGCCUUCACCAGGGCCACAGAGAGCAGUUACUGAUAAGAAAAGAGUGAGGAAAAUGAUAAAAGAAGCUAGCUAUUAUAUAAUGCGAUAUCUACAGGAUGAUCAGAGUGGUUUGCUGUAUCUUUUCUCAUUUUCUCUUUUCCUGAUUGAGUCCAUUAGACUCAUGGCUGGACCAAUAUCAGGAGAAGAGAAGCAGGGUGUGGUGGACACAGGCCUAUUCAUCAACAUGGCUGAGAGAGUCUACUUCGGGAUGCAGGAUGGCUCAGUUAACAUGAGGGAGAAGCCUUUCUCUUGA